AUGAGUUCGGAUGCCCCUGAAAUCGACGGGCCAGUCCCCCCUGCUCCGAACGUAAAUGGACCCAACCGCCAAGGCUCCGUGAAGAGAGCCAGAGAACAACUUCAGGCGGGUGCUCGCCCAACUCGAGCCUCGCCACCAGUGCCUGCACCAAGACCACAGCUUCGGCCGCCCCCUCCCUCUAAACCGGGGGAUACGCCCACUGCCAAGGAAUUGGCCCAUCGCACCCAAUGGCCCUUACCAGACGGAGCCUCAACUUCUAGCCCCCGAGCACCACCACCAUCGCGCCCUCCUCGGCCUAGUGAAGUUCCUGCUGCCAUCCCGUCCCCAUCCGUCUAUUCCGUGGUCAGCGGGGAGGACUCGGAAACGCAAUCUGUAUUUCCAACAUUGCCUGCGCGAGCUUUCACAGUUCCCAAGCCUCUCUUUGCACCCUCUGAUGACGUUCAACGCCCCUCGGCCCCAUCAUCAAAGGAUGGGUCAUCGAGCCCGACCAGUACCCUGGACUUGAAUCCACGCAUUUCAAUCGCAACUGAAGAUCUGUUUCAUCGUCAGUCUACCGCCUCGGGCCUGUCGUCUCUCCCAGAUGUUCCACCCAAUCCUCUUCCGGAACCGAUUCGACCUCAGGACAAGGCUCGCCCACGCGCCGGGGGCCUGGCGCCCCCAUCUCAGGUUCCCAAGUCUGCUGUUUCCACCAUCUCCGAGGAGCUCUCAAGCUCGCGCCAAACGUUCAUCUCGGUGGCUUCGAGUCGUGCCAUACCGUCUAGUUGGGGUCCCGGGACACCUGGAUCUCCUGGAUCAGAAAUUAUGGGCAUCCAUUUGGAUGACAUGUCCGAUGUGGAUGACCAUGAUCACGCUCACAAUGAUGACAAUGCCUUGUUGGUGCGUAAUGCUAGUCUUGGCAAGCGUGGCAAGCCCACCGUGCGCACCAUCUCGAGGCUAGGCGCGGCCUCUGACGACAACAUCCCUAACCUUCCAUCGACCAAUCCUCAAGAAGGGUAUCAUCACAAGCAAUCCGCCGCCGCAGGUGCAUUGACUGGUGGUGUAGCCGCUAGCCAGACUCUCAAUGUGGUGCGGCGAGUAUCCAUCUCAACAGCCUCGGGAGAGUCUUUCGUGGAUCCCGAGAAGCCGCGAUUCGCACAGCAGCCUGUCUCUUCGACUGAGGAUCUGGCUCUGGAAAAAGAGAUCGCAGUCUUGCCCAAGGCCGCGCCGACGAUGAGCGACACGAGGCCUCAUGGUAAGAAGCCUCCACGGUUGAAUCUGGGCGCAGUUCGCGAUGCCGAGACCCGCGGCAGUCUCUCCAGCCUGUCAGAUCUGAUUCGACGUGCCACCAAACUCGCUACUAACCUCGACCGAGGCAAGACAGCAAGUCGGAGCGACCUUGUGGAAAAGGAGGCCGCGAUCUUCAGGCAUGGCUUUGGUGAGACAGAGCAUCGUCGUGGAUCCGGAUCUAUUUCCGAUAUCCUUACGUCCUUCCCACGUCCGGGGGCUCAGACUCCAGAGAGUCACAGCUCGUGGCCUGUCUUCUUUGGGCGUUCUGGCCUUCGAAAUGUGGAGGCUCUCCCAUCGAAUGAUGAGCCACCUCAAACAAAGGAAGCUCCGCGGAGACGCUGUGCGAUGUCUCGCAAAUGGGUGCUCAUACUGUGUAUCAUCCUCUUUAUCGUCCUGGUCCUCGCAAUUCUCCUUCCGGUUUUCCUCAUCGCAGUGCCCAAGCAAAUGUCCAGCGGCAGCAGUAGUGGCAACGGUACUGAUGCCUGCGCAAGUCGCAAUCCCUGUCAGAAUGGCGGCAUCAGUGUGUCCAGCGGCGAACAGUGCUCGUGCGUAUGCUCGAAUGGAUUCACCGGCUCACAAUGCACCAUCCCUGGAGGUUCCAGCUGCUCCACGGCGGAGGUCAUGAAUGCUGCCAUGCACAUGAACGCCACCAUGGGCAACCAUCUCUCCGAUGUGUUCCAAGCGUCUAGCACAUUCAAUGUCACUCUGGACUCGGUCACCAUCAUGGCAUUAUUCAGCAUGAACAAUGCCUCGUGCGAGACCGAGAAUUCCCUCGUGACUUUCAACGUGCCCUUCGCAUCGUCUAACAGCAGCAGCAGCAGCAGCAACUCCAAGGCCCGCCGCGUCUUUUCGCUGCCCUUGGAGAGAUCCGAGACCGCUGAUGUUGAUCAGAAGAUCAAUGCGUCCAGCCUCGACACAUUGGAGUCCUCGCCCACCCAGGCUCAGCGCUCCGUCGCCACAUCAAACGGCAUUCUCUUCGAUAAUACCGCGACUCCGACAGGUGCUACAGGUGCUACAGCCACAUCGACUCUCCCUUCCACCACCGCCACAGCUAUGGCCGUCUCCGCAGGCAGUGUUGGGUCGGAUACGGCCUCCAACAACACCGCAAAGGCCGUCCCGCAGCGGGUGAUCCAAUUCAGUCAGGUUGCUGUCUUGUAUAUACUGGAGAAGACCGGUUCGCUGACUUCGGCGAUCUGGUCGGAGGGUCAGAUCGAGACGUACUUGACCGAGUCAUAUCCGAAAGCGAGCCAUCCACAGCUUGACUUGUUGGGCAAGUACGACUUGGACUUUGAGAAAAUGACGAUUACAACUCAAUAA